UUAGCUGGGCUGAAAGCGUAUUCUCUAGAUCUUUCCACAACCUUCCUAUUUCCUGUGGGCGUUUCUCUUUCUCUUCGUCUUUAUAUUUUUACCUUUCCGUCUUUCACCCCCUCUCUCUCUUUUCCUUGAUAAAUCUCUAAUCAUCGUCUUCGUCAUCUCUCUCGUUGCCUCUUUCUUCAACUGAUUUCUCAUUUUUUUCCUCUAUCAUCCAUGGCGUCCCAACCAGAAAUGUCCGAGGCAUCGUUUCUGGAUCAACUAAUCAGUAGUAGAAAUAGAGAUCUCUCUCUCUUUCUUCCUCUUAUACUGGGUUUCACGAGCUCGCCGAGGAGAGAAUCCGAUGACCCUGAUCGGGAAAGUGAAGGACGGAGCCACGAGCGGAUCAUCCUCAUCAACCCCUUCACGCAAGGCAUGAUCGUCAUUGAAGGGGCUGGAAGCUUGGAGGCGCUGCUUCGAGAUGCAAUCAGUAAGAAUGGGCCGCCACCGGCGUCCAAGGCUUCCAUCGAAGCGAUGCCCAAAGUGGAAAUUAGUGAGGAAGAGGGAGAUGGAGAGUGUGCGAUUUGCUUGGAGGGGUGGGAAAUUGGUGGGGAAGCCAGGGAGAUGCCUUGUAAGCACAGGUAUCACUCCAGCUGCAUAGAGACAUGGUUGGGGCUUCAUGGGUCUUGCCCUAUUUGCAGGUUCAAGAUGCCUGUUGAUGAAGAAGAGUGUAGGAAGAGAAGUGCUGAUGAAGAAGGGAGAGGAAGGAGGAUUGAGAGGGAGAUUUGGGUCAGUUUAUCUUUCAGUAACAACAGCAACAGUAGCAGCGACACCACCACCAACAACGACAACGACGACGACGACAACGACGGCAAUAGCACAAACAAUUCCGUAACUUCAUCAACUGAUUCUUCUGUUUCCUCUUCAAAUCCAAGUUCUGAUGAUGCCCAAGAGAAUUAAGAGGAAUUUUACGGGAAUUUUAUUCUUUUUUCCUUUUAAAUCUGAAAAUUUUGUACAUAGUUUACAGAGCAUAGUACGAGGCUGUUUUAUGCUUUUAUUAGAAAUAAAUUGGAUUUUUUUCUCCCCGAAAUUUGAAUUUCUGUGGUGCUAUAAGCAGAUUGUAAGGGGCUGGAAGCAUAUUAAGUUUUAUUUUCAUUUUUUGUGUUUUUUCAUAUUUUCUGUAAUACAUGCUAUUAUUGGGGAGAUUCUGUAAUAUAUGCUAGAGAGAGGAAACAUGUGUCAAAAGAGCAAGAAGCAUAUUUAUUUCAUCUUCUUUUUUCCAAGCAUAUGUAAAUACCGAAGGCUAAAUAGUGGAAUGAACUCUGAUCAACUGAUGAGGUUAUGUGUUCUCAUCCA